UGGGUUUGGGGAUUAUUUCUUUUUUAAAAUUUUUGAUUGUUUUUUUUUUGUGUGUGGGGAAGGGUCUGGAUGAGCAUGCGGAGUUUUACUGGAAUUUCUCCUUCCUUUCUGAGGAGCUGCCGCUGCUAAAGCAGAUUUUUCCUUUUUUUUUUUUUUAUAUUUUUUUGUCUGAUGCAGAAUCCCAGUAGCUAGGCAGCCUCCCUCCUCCCUUGCUUCUGCCCCUCGGUAUGUAGAAAGGGAAAGACAUCAACGGAGAGGCUGAGACACGCGUAGAUGGACUUUCAAAUGCAUUUUUUCUUGAAAGACGAAGAUAAACCCCGGUUGCCAGUGCACUGACUUUUUUUGUUGCUGUUGCACUGUUGCAUAAAAAUGGGGUUCACUUACUCUAGCUGAAUCCUCGGAGCAUUUCAGAGUUGCUACAGUGAAGGACUUCCCAUAUUUUUUUGCAUCAGAGGAGCUACAUUGAUGGUUUUUCUUUUGUAAAAUGGAGAACGAAAUAUUCACACCCCUUUUGGAGCAGUUCAUGUCUAGCCCUCUUGUCACCUGGGUUAAGACGUUUGGACCGUUAGCUGGAGGAAAUGGGACCAACCUGGAAGAAUAUGUGGCACUAGUGGAUGGCGUGUUUCUGAACGAAGUCAUGCUGCAAAUUAAUCCAAAGUCUGGUAAUCAGAGGAUAAACAAAAAAGUAAACAAUGAUGCAUCAGUAAGAAUUCAAAAUUUGUCUAUUUUGGUGAAACAAAUAAAAACUUACUAUCAGGAGAAUUUGCAGCAGUUGAUCAUGAUGUCUUUGCCAAAUGUAUUAAUAAUUGGCAAAAAUCCUUUUUCCGAGCCAGGUACUGAAGAAAUAAAAAAGCUUCUCCUGCUUUUGCUUGGUUGUGCAGUUCAGUGUCAGAAAAAAGAAGAAUUUAUUGAAAGAAUCCAAGGUCUGGAUUUUGACACCAGAGCAGCUGUGGCAGCCCAUAUUCAAGAGGUUACUCACAACCAGGAAAAUGUGUUUGAUCUGCAGUGGAUGGAUGUCAUUGUGUUGACACAAGAAUAUGUUGAACCUCUUUUGAAAAAUAUGGCAUUGCAUUUAAAAAGACUUAUAGAUGAAAGAGAUGAGCACUCAGAGACUAUCAUAGAACUCUCAGAAGAACGGGACUGUCUCCGUUUUCUACCUCACGCGUCGGCAGCACAAUCACCAUGUGGCUCCCCCGGCAUGAAGCGCACAGAGAGCAGGCAGCACCUCUCAGUGGAGCUGGCAGAUGCCAAAGCAAAGAUAAGGCGGCUUAGGCAAGAACUUGAGGAAAAAACUGAGCAGUUGCUUGACUGUAAACAAGAACUUGAACAGAUGGAGACUGAACUGAAGAGACUUCAGCAAGAGAAUAUGAAUCUGCUCUCAGAUGCCCGUUCUGCCAGAGUGUACAGAGAUGAAUUGGAUGCGCUUCGCGAGAAGGCAAUUCGAGUUGACAAGCUUGAAAGUGAAGUCAGCCGGUAUAAAGAGAGGCUGCAUGAUAUUGAAUUCUACAAAGCUAGAGUGGAGGAGUUAAAAGAAGACAAUCAAGUGUUGCUGGAAACAAAGACUAUGUUGGAGGAUCAAUUAGAGGGGACCCGAGCCCGUUCUGAUAAAUUACAUGAGUUAGAAAAGGAGAAUCUACAAUUAAAAGCUAAAUUACAUGAUAUGGAGAUGGAGCGUGAUAUGGACAGAAAGAAGAUUGAGGAACUCAUGGAGGAAAAUAUGACUCUAGAGAUGGCUCAGAAGCAAAGUAUGGAUGAAUCAUUGCAUCUUGGCUGGGAACUUGAACAGAUAAAUAGGACUACUGAAAUUUCUGAAGUGCCACAGAAAUCUCUUGGUCAUGAAGUAAAUGAACUGACAUCAAGCAGGUUACUGAAGCUGGAAAUGGAAAACCAAAGUUUGCUGAAGACAGUGGAGGAACUACAAAGUGCAGUGGGUUCUGCAGAAGGCAGUAGUUCAAGGAUUCUGAAAAUGGAAAAAGAAAACCAAAGACUUAGCAAAAAGCUUGAAGAGCUGGAGAAUGAAAUUAGCCAAGAGAAACAAAGUCUUCAGAACAGUCAAAAUUUGAGUAAAGAUUUGAUGAAAGAAAAAGCACAGCUUGAAAAGACACUUGAAGCACUUCGAGAAAAUUCAGAGCGACAAAUUAAGCUAUUAGAACAAGAAAAUGAACAUUUGAAUCAAACUGUAGCUUCUCUGAGACAGCGCUCGCAAAUCAGUGCUGAAGCGAGAAUGAAAGAAAUUGAAAAAGAGAAUAAAAUCCUUCAUGAGUCUAUUAAAGAGACCAGCAGUAAGUUAAACAAGAUUGAAUUUGAAAAAAAGCAAGUCAGGAAGGAACUGGAACACUAUAAAGAGAAAGGGGAGAGAGCAGAAGAGCUGGAGAAUGAGCUGCAUCAUCUGGAGAAGGAAAACGAAUCAUUACAGAAAAAGAUUACUAACUUAAAAAUUACUUGUGAGAAAAUAGAGGCCUUAGAGCAAGAAAACUCAGACCUGGAAAUGGAAAACAGAAAACUGAAAAAAACUUUGGAUAGCCUAAAAAAUCUCACUUUUCAAUUAGAAUCCUUAGAGAAGGAGAAUUCACAACUUGAUGAAGAAAAUUUGGAAUUAAGAAGAACAAUUGAAUCCUUGAAGUGUACAAGCAUUAAAGUGGCGCAAUUACAAUUAGAAAAUAAGGAACUGGAAAGUGAAAAGGAGCAACUUAAAAAAAGCCUUGAACUCAUGAAAGCCUCAUUUAAGAAAACUGAACGCUUGGAAGUCAGCUACCAAGGCCUAGACACAGAAAACCAAAGGCUCCAGAAAGCCCUUGAAAACAGCAAUAAAAAGAUUCAGCAAUUAGAAAGUGAAUUACAGGAUUUAGAGUCUGAAAAUCAGACUCUCCAAAAGAACUUAGAAGAGUUAAAAAUCUCUAGCAAGCGCCUAGAACAAUUGGAAAAGGAGAAUAAGCUGUUAGAACAAGAGACUUCUCAACUGGAAAAAGAUAAGAAACAGCUGGAAAAAGAAAAUAAGCGGCUUCGACAACAAGCAGAAAUUAAGGAUAGUACAUUAGAAGAAAACAAUGUAAAAAUUAGCAAUCUGGAAAAGGAAAAUAAAUCUCUAUUUAAAGAAAUAGUUGUAUAUAAAGAGUCAUGUGUACGCCUGAAAGAACUAGAAAAAGAAAACAAAGAACUUGUGAAAAGAGCUACCAUCGAUAAGAAAACCCUUGUCACUUUACGAGAGGACUUGGUGAGUGAAAAAUUGAAGACUCAACAAAUGAACAAUGAUCUAGAAAAACUUGCCCAUGAACUUGAAAAAAUAGGCUUAAAUAAGGAGCGUCUGUUGCAUGAUGAGCAGAGCAGUGAUGACAGUAGGUACAAGCUUUUGGAGUCAAAAUUAGAAUCCACACUUAAGAAGUCUCUUGAAAUAAAAGAAGAAAAAAUUGCUGCUUUGGAGGCUCGUUUAGAAGAAUCAACAAAUUUAAACCAGCAACUCCGUCAGGAACUUAAAACGGUGAAAAAGAACUAUGAAGCUCUUAAGCAAAGACAAGAAGAGGAAAGAAUGGUUCAGAAUUCACCUCCAAGAACUGGAGAAGACAAUCAAUCUGUCAAUAAGUGGGAGAAAGAAAAUCAGGAAACUACCAGAGAAUUACUGAAAGUUAAAGAUAGAUUAAUUGAAGUAGAAAGGAAUAAUGCCACACUGCAGGCAGAGAAGCAAGCACUGAAGACACAAUUAAAGCAGCUUGAGACACAGAAUAGCAAUCUGCAGGCUCAGAUUCUUGCACUUCAGAGACAGACUGUUUCUCUACAGGAACAAAAUACUACUCUACAAACUCAAAAUGCCAAGCUGCAGGUUGAAAAUUCCACCCUUAAUUCUCAAAGUACAUCUCUAAUGAAUCAGAAUGCACAGCUGUUGAUCCAGCAGUCUGCUUUAGAAAAUGAAAACGAGUGUGUGCUCAAGGAACGGGAGGAUCUGAAAUCCUUGUAUGAUUCACUUCUCAAAGAUCAUGAAAAACUGGAACACCUGCAUGAACGCCAAGCUUCUGAGUAUGAAUCCCUGAUUGCUAAACAUGGAAGUCUUAAAUCUGCACACAAAAAUCUGGAAGUGGAGCAUAAGGACCUAGAAGAUAGGUACAAUCAAUUGCUGAAACAGAAAGUGCAGCUGGAAGAAUUGGAUAAAGUACUCAAGGUAGAACAGGAGAAAAUGCUGCAGCAAAAUGAAGAACAUGAAACUGUAGCAGCAGAGUAUAAAAAACUCUGUGAUGAAAAUGAAAGGCUUACUCAUACAUACAGUCAGCUCUUGAGAGAGAAUGAAGUUCUCCAAACUGAUCAUAAGAAUUUAAAAACAUUAUUGAACAAUUCCAAACUAGAACAAACACGAUUAGAAGCAGAGUUUUCUAAACUCAAAGAACAGUACCAACAACUGGAUAUUACAUCAACAAAGCUAAAUAAUCAAUGUGAGCUGCUUAGCCAGCUUAAAGGAAAUCUGGAGGAGGAAAACAGACAUCUACUAGAUCAAAUUCAGACAUUAAUGCUACAGAAUAGAACACUACUUGAGCAGAAUAUGGAAAGCAAGGAUCUCUUCCAUGUAGAGCAAAGGCAGUACAUUGACAAGCUAAAUGAAUUAAGGCGACAGAAAGAGAAAUUGGAGGAGAAGAUAAUGGAUCAGUAUAAAUUUUAUGAACCAUCUCCACCAAGAAGAAGGGGCAACUGGAUCACUCUUAAAAUGAGAAAGCUGAUAAAAUCUAAGAAGGAUGUGAAUCGGGAACGUUUGAAGUCUGUGACCCUUACGCCGACCCGUUCAGAGUCCAGUGAAGGAUUUCUUCAGCUGCCCCACCAGGACAGUCAGGAUAGUUCCUCUGUGGGUUCCAACUCUCUUGAAGAUGGUCAGACCUUGGGGACCAAGAAGAGUAGUACCAUGAAUGACCUGGUGCAGUCCAUGGUCCUAGCAGGAGGACAAUGGACAGGUAGUUCUGAGCAUCUGGAGGGUCCUGAUGAUAUAUCUACGGGUAAAAGGAGGACAGAAUUGGGAGCUAUGGCCUUCUCUACUACAGCUAUCAACUUUGCAGCUGGCAACUCUUCUACAGGCUUCAGAUCCAAGCAGUUGCUAAAUAAUAAAGAUACUACAUCCUUUGAAGAUGUAAGUCCACAAGGUAUUAGUGAUGAUUCUAGUACAGGAUCAAGAGUUCAUGCUUCCAGACCAGCCAGCCUUGAUAGUGGCAGAACAUCCACUAGCAAUAGCAAUAACAAUGCUUCACUCCAUGAAGUCAAAGCAGGUGCAGUUAACAGUCAAAGUAGGCCGCAGAGUCACAGCAGUGGAGAGUUCAGUCUGCUCCACGAGCCUGAGGCAUGGUCCAGCAGCAGCAGCAGCCCCAUUCAGUAUCUGAAAGGUCCUACAAGAUCGAGUCCUGUGCUCCAGCAAAGAACACCUGAUACACUGGAGAGUCGUGGAAAACAGAGCAAAACUGGCUCUCCUGGAAGUGAAGUCAUGACCCUGCAACAGUUUUUAGAAGAAAGCAACAAAAGUACCUCAAGUGAGAUGAAAUCUGCAAGUGAAGAGAAUCUUUUAGAUGAAGUCAUGAGAAGCUUAUCUGAGUCUGCAGAGAUGACAGGAAAGGAAAAGUUAAGAAAACAGCCGUCUGCUGGCUGUGGUAUUGUGAGAUCAUUAAGUGUAAAAACUACAAUUGAUUUCUCAGAUGGACGAUCCGUUAAACCAGAGCAACUGGUAAGGCCCAGCUUUCGUAAAACUGAAGACAUCUACUGCACUAGCUCUCCAAUAAAAUUUACAUCCGGCGCUCCAGGGAAGACCAAAUCAGUUAAAGAGAAGAUACAAGCACCCAUAUCCCAGCGACAAUCAAGAGACUGCAAUCCUUACGCUACCUUACCUCGAGCAAGCAGUGUCAUUUCCACGGCAGAAGGAACUACUCGAAGGACAAGCAUUCACGAUUUUUUGUCUAAGGACAGUAGGCCACCUGUGUCGGUUGAUCCAGCUCCAUCCACCACUGACAGAAGUGUUCCAUCAACCUCUAGUGAGUACCCAGCACACCAGUUAUCCUCUAAUUUUUUUCACUGUGUGGCUUACAGAGUAGAUUGUGUUCCACAAAGCAGUGCAGCUAAUAUAAUUAAACCACGUAAUUUAGAAUGUCACUCUGAUGUGCCUAAGACUUCAAGGAUGGAAAGAUCAAAUUUCCGUGAGAGAACUUUUCUAAGCACCAGUGUGUUUAAUGAUAAAGUCAGUAUAUCUGGCAAUAACAGCACAGGCUCGUUUACUGUGGCUCAGCCAUUUUUAUCCCUUAACACUGAAUUAGUUAGUAAUAUAAGUGGAUUGCCUCAAAGAUCUACAUCAAAAACAAUUGAUCAGGCAAAUCUGUCAGCAUUUAGAUGUAUACAGAAAAACCAAGAACAGCCUUCUGCUAAUCAGAAAUAUGAUCAUGGUGAACUACAGUCAGUUCUAACCAGUGAGUUUGUUCCCACCACUAGUGAGGCUGAAUCCCCACUUCUGGUUUCUGAAGAUACAAAAACUGUGUGGUAUGAGUAUGGUUGUGUAUGAUAAAUUGUAUUAUUAAAUAUAAAUAUAGUCUAAUAUGAGACAAAGGUGUUCUUCCCAAUGUCCACAGGAUUUAGAGAAAAUUUCUCUACAAUGAAAAAACAAUUUUUUGUUAGAUCUGUGGGUUGUUUUCGAAGAACAAUGACGUAGGGCUCAGAUAUGUACUCUAGCAUGUUUGAAUGUAAAAUGUAACCUCACCAAAGUUUGCAUGAAACAUUAAUUGCAGUGUAUAUAUAUUUUUGCAUGCCUUUCAAAGUCUUUAUAAUACAAGCUAUAUUUUUAUUUGUCAACACAUUACAAAUAUUUUGGUUUUAUUCUGUAUGUUAAUGAAUGCAUGUUAAACCAGUCGCAUGCUACAUUGCCAGAAACAGCACAGCGAGCAACAUAGUUUCCAGUAUAAAGAUAGUACUUUUUGGUUGUGCUCAUGCUUUCAGAUGUAUCAAUAACGCAUUCAUUGCAUAUUUGGAGUAAAAAUAUCCCCCCCUUCCCCCCCCCCAAGAAGCAUUUACAGAUCUCAGUGUCUUACCCUUUCCAUUUAUGCCAUGUCUUGGCAUAAAUGCACUUUGCACAAGGAGCAAGUUACAGCCUAAUAAAUUCAGUGCCCCUAGCUUGCACACUAAAUAUGAAUUACUGUUCAUGCUUAUUAAAGUGUUUGGACAUUAAUAAAUGCAAAGACCAUUCAUAAUCCUAAACUUAACUGAUAAUUCUUACGAAGAGGUAAUAAAUAGUCACAUGAUAUGCAGCACUUGUAAUGAAAAAAUGACCCUUUCCACCUUUUCCCUUUUGUAUGCUUUGUCUUUCCACGUCUGGUGUACAAAUGUGGUGAAAUGUAUGGUUUUAUGAGGAGUCAAAUAACAGAGUUAUUUGAGGCUCCUUUUGAUGUAUGGUAAU